AUGGAUGCUGCAGUGGAUAAGCCAUGUACAUCCUCAUCAUCGAGGUCGUCGGUUGAUUUUAACGAGCGUUUCAGAAAACUUCAUCAGCUAAGACAACAAUCGCGCAAAGCGAACCAUGAACAAGUUGUCGAGGAAGACAGGAAGAGCAAGCUACCAACAAAUCAUGAAGCGAAAAAAGCUCGAGAAGAAUGGGAGCUACAAGAAAUGGAAGAGCGAAAGAAAGCUGAGGAAGCAGGCUUGGAUUAUGAACGUUUAAAAGCACUCAAUACCCCAGCUGACGUUGCCGCAAGGGUCGAAAUGAAAAGAAAGCGAAAGAAGAAUCCCGAUCAAGGAUUUUCAAGUUACGAAGACAUGACACUUCGUCAGCAUACACGGCUGACGACCAAUCUGAAACCUGAUAGCGAAUCUUACAAGAAAAUGAGAGAGAUAGUAGGAGAAGACCAAUUUUAUCCAACUGCUAACACUUUGAUCCACGGUUCUCACUACCCCACAUCUGCAGCUAUGGAGAAACUCGCUCAGGACGUUGUAGGACAAUCUAAACGUCGUGAACAAUUCCAUCGACGACGUCUGUUUGAUCCUGACGCCCCUAUCGACUACAUCAACGAUAAAAACAUGCGCUUCAACAAGAAAUUGGAGAAAUUCUAUGGACAAUAUACAGAGGACAUCAAGGAGGACCUCGAGCGUGGUACUGCAGUCUGA